AUUGGCUGCACCACUACCACCCGCCCCGCGGCCCACUUGCGCGCGGAGGAAUCAGGCCCCAUCCGGCCGCCGUAGCGGCCUCUCUGUAGUAGGCGGGGCCUAGACUGCGGUGACCCUGCCAGAGCCGCCGAUGCCAGCGACAUGUUCAAGGUAAUUCAGAGGUCCGUGAGGCCGGCCAGCCUGAGUCUGCUCACCUUCAAAGUGUAUGCAUCACAGAAAAAGGAGUCACCUCACAAAACUUCCUUGAAGGUUAAUGAGCUUUCACUCUACUCUGUUCCCGAGGGUCAAUCUAAAUAUGUGGAGGAGCCAAGGACCCAACUUGAAGAAAGCAUCUCACAUCUCAGACAGUAUUGUGAGAUUGGGGCAAGUGUCUUUCCAAACUUAGAUAUAGACACCUUUGUCUCAUUAGAGCUGGUCGUUCCUGUUUCAAAUGGGCAAUUUUCGGAUACAGGCUCUAAAAUGGUAGCAAAUCAGGAAGAAAUAUAUUCCCAAACUGAGCCCAAGAUACAAAGUUUGGUUCAGUGGGGAUUAGACAGCUAUGAAUAUCUCCAAAACGCACCUCCUGGAUUUCUUCCAAGACUUGGUGUUAUUGGUUUUGCUGGUGUUGUCGGGCUCCUUUUGGCCAGAGGUUCAAAAAUAAAGAAGUUGGUGUAUCCACCUACUUUCAUGGGAUUAGCUGCCUCUCUUUAUUAUCCACAACAAGCCAUCAUAUUUGCGCAGGUCAGUGGGGAGAAAUUAUAUGACUGGGGUUUACGAGGUUACAUAGUCAUAGAAGAUUUGUGGAAGGAGAACUUUCAAAAGCCAGGAAAUGUGAAGAAUUCACCCGGAAAUAAGUAGAAUACUCCAUGCUCUGCCCAUUUUAAUCAGUUAUAGGAAAACAUUGGAAACACCAUACAACAAACCAGUAUUUCUACAGAAAAAUGGCAGAGAAGUCAGUAUUGAAUGUUGUAAACUGGCUUUCUUCUUCAGGAAAAACUAUACUAGGCCUCUUUGUUAUCUUGGGCGAUGUCAGACUACAAGGGGACUAAUCUGAAAUCCUCUCACCUGGAGAUAAUGUACAAGCCUUAGAACUCCUUGUUCUCACGUUGCUAUUUAUAUACUUAAUAAAAAUUCCGAAUUAAAAAAAGUUA